AUGUCAAGGCCGGGCGGUCCAAAAACCGGUGGACUGUGGGGACAGCGACAACCUGCCUUUGAACCGCAGAAAUCAUCUCACUCGGCCAAUGCGCAACACGAGCACGGCUCCUGUCGAGGUAGGCUGAAGCCUGCCGAUGGCGUCUACUCGUCUGUACUUCGUGUUUGGACUCAGCUCCGGAGUAAGCGCAGGAAGCCGAACAUCCAGCUCUCGGGAAUCCACCGUGACAAGACAAGCCCAAGUCGGGUUCUUGGAGGCAGUCUUGACAUUGCGAUUCGAGCACUUGGGAAUGACAUGGAUUUUUGGUCUAGUUGUGCGUGUUCAAAAAAGUUGAAGUUGACCACCUUUGUGAGCCACAUCUACGCCCGUGAAUUGGAAGGCCGUGAACAUUCAACGUUCCCACAACACGGCAAGGACCGGGUCAGAAAACCGCUGUCCGGCCUGGCCGAUGCUUGCUUGCUUGGCGGAGAUAGAACCUAA